AUGGAGCUGGAGACGCUAGGAAUUCCGGGGAAAUGGUUUAACCCUACUCUGUAUACGAGAGCGUAUGCAAGGGCGCUAGAUCAGCCUGCCGACAAGAAGACCUACGGAACGCAUUUGGUACGCAAGGGCGUUGCAAUAUUUGAAUGUAAUGGUAGUACCGGGGUCCCUCAAUUGUCAGCGUGUGUCUGCGCUGUGGGUGGUCGCUUGGAGGAGUGCAAGACCGCUACUCCGGUACGAAGCAACAUGUGA